AUGUGGGGGCCCAGACCUAGCAGCCAAGGGUACUUCGGCACCGAGCAAACAAAAGCUGAUGCCCAAAGUACCAAACAAACCUACUCUUGUGUUCUAUCAGUGGAGCCCGACAGCGGCAUAUCCUCCACUGUUUGCUUGGCUCCUCGAGUGGGACCCACCCGAAAAGCUCCGCCAAGAGCAAUGAUUUGUCAAUUGUCGCCAGGAACUCCAAAGGUCAGCCACGUUAAGCAGUUCGCCCCAAACACGUUGAGCAAGCCGUUUCGCCAUGGUGCAAGUGAGCGGAAACUUGUCGAUAGUUCGUUCAUACCGCUUGCUGCCUUUCUUCCUAGUCACAAAGGAGGCAGACAAAGGGGUCGAGUCUGGAUUCUCUCUUUGAACGAAUCUGUCUGAGUUCGUGGCUGCCCACUGCUUGCCAAGCAUACACAUACCUCGAAGCCCAUGACACACGAAAUCCCACCUUAUAGAGGAUACGACAGUUCACUGCCGGGUAGCUAAGUUCGCUCACCCGACCCCAGUCCCCACACUCCACCGGCCCUCCCAUGUCCCAAGAUGGCUAGGCGACGAUAGCUGGGCGUCGUGGUGUGGUUACACUAGCUGACGGGCUGUCCGUUGUGCUCAUCCAUUCUGUCGGGUCCGUUGGGCAUGAACCCCAAGACCUCCAGAAUACCCAUGGUCGAAACAGGGUCUUGGGCACAGCCUGGCGAUGGGGUGGUGCAAGAUUCGCGUUCAUUACCAUUCUUGAUCUCAAAUGCUUGCCUCCGUGAAUUGAUGGAUUAACGGGACCCUCACGAUUGAGAAUAUUUGAGUGGCCGUGGACAGGAGAUGUUAGAGACAUGCCCAAAGACAGUGUUUAAGCUUGUCCUCCCAACAACGAACGAACCGGGCCCGAGAGGCUUCUGUUCUAGCCUUGACCGGCAACGGGAUGGCUUCUGACUCUACCACUCGCUUGGGACUCCAGUCGGAUGAUUGCAGGCGUACCAGGGCGACGAGACAUGACGGUGUUUGUGUACCCACGAGAAGCACCUUGCAUCCGAGAUGAGGGUUGCAUUGCGAGAGUUGACGUGCUGUGUGUCGCGGCAUUAUCUGGAUCAUAGAAGAUCCACGACAGGCAUCGCAAGUAAGGUAUGUAUGUACAGU